ACUAUACAUCCAUGGCUAUUUAAAGAACGCCUGAUUACUUUAUGUUUUUGGGAUGAACCCGGGGAUGUCCCCAAGGUUGCUAGAUGAGGAAAAUGAUGACGCCACCACUUCGCUUCGAUUGUUUUGAUAAUAUUUUGGCUGUGACUCAUUCGCCGGCUGGCCGAUGGCUGUUUUCACUUUUGUUGUGGCCCCGAACGGCAUUUAAGGCAUUCCGGUGUAGACAGCAGACCAGAGAGCAAGCACACGCAGUUCCGCGAUUACGCAGCACACCCACAAUUACUCAGUUCAGUCCGUCAAUAUGUUCGACUUCAAUUUGGAAUUUGCGCGUGGAGGUGCCCGUUUUACCAGCGAGCUUUUCCAGCUUUUGAGCGCUGGCGGGCUCAAGGAGAACGUCGUCUUCUCGCCCUUCUCCAUCCAAACUUGCAUUGCCCUGGCCUUUGCCGGAUCGCAGGGUGAAACCGCCGACGAGAUCGCCAAGGCACUGCACUUCGUCUCCAACUUUCCGCCGGAGGUGGCCCAGACGUUCCAGUUUGUGCUGGAGAAGUACCGCAACAGCAACCUGUUGCGCGUGGCCAACAAGCUGUACGUGCAGGAGGGCAAGCAGCUGAAGCCCGCCUACCAGUCGGCCAUCAAGGAGCAGUAUCAUUCGGAGGCGGAGUCCAUUAACUUUGCGCUCAGCGAUGCCGCCGCCCAGGCCAUCAAUGCCUGGGUGAAUGCCAAGACUCAGGGCAAGAUUACGGAGCUGGUCAGCGCGGACUCGUUGUCGGACAACACCAGGCUGGUCCUGCUCAAUGCCCUCCACUUCAAGGGCAGCUGGGCGCACAAGUUCAGCGAGGAGCGCACCGAGGAGGAUAUCUUCUGGGUGGGCGAAGAGGAGCAGGUUAAGAUCAACUACAUGAACCAGAAGGCCAAGUUCAACUAUGGCUACUUCGAAGAUCUUGGCUGCACUGCCCUGGAGAUGCCCUACCAGGACUCUGACCUCUCCAUGUUCGUGCUGCUGCCGCAGGAGCGGACAGGCUUGUACGCCGUAGCCGAGAAGCUCAAGACUGUGAACCUGGUGGAUUUGGCCGACAAGUUGACCGUGGAAGAGGUCCAUGUCAAGUUCCCCAAGUUUAAGGUGGACUACUCCCUGGAAUUGGCCGAGAAACUGAAGCAGCUGGGCAUCACGAAAAUGUUUACGGACGAAGCUGAGUUUGGCAAUCUGCUGGAAUCCCCCGAGGGCAUCUUUGUGUCCAAGGUGCUGCACAAGGCCACCAUCGAGGUGAACGAGGAGGGCACGGAGGCGGCGGCUGCCACCGGCAUGAUCAUGAUGACUCGCAUGAUGACCUUCCCGCUGCAGUUCCAGGCGGACCGGCCCUUCCUCUACGUCAUCUGGAACAAGAAGAACAUCCUCUUCGCCGGCGCCUUCGUUAAGGCUGCCUAAAAGCCUAAUUCUCACUCCUUUUGUAUGGUUUGUAUUGUUGUUGAAAAGUAUUUUUAAAUAAAUAAGCGCUCCAUGACUAAGUUA